CUUCAUUACAUAGGUGGUCAUAAAGGGUACUGCACCCGUGAGGUCGUGACAGUUUGUCAGAGAUGGAGGGACAGGAGAGGACUGUCUGUCAGAGAUGGAGGGACCAUGGGAGGGACAUUCAGGACUUUCUGUCUUCAAACAUUGGAUGUGGACGUCGUCACCGUCAAGCCAGAAGCAGAAAAUGGACUUCUACGUCAAAUAAUGGACUCAGGAGGAGGACUCAGGACAUGCUUAACUUCUCUAACAGCACAGAGAUGGAUUACAUCCCUGACGAUGUUGAUUACUAUGACGACUAUUUCAACUAUUCUUACGGGAACUUAAUGAACACCUCUGACUAUGACCCGAAUGAUUGGUGUGCGGCCGAUGAGGAUCAGGAGUUCAUCAUCGGAACCUUCCAGACGUGUGUUUUCUGCCUCGUCUUCCUGCUCGGCGUCAUGGGAAACGGCCUGGUCAUCGCCACCUUCGCUCUCUACCGCCGCCUUCACCUUCGCUCCAUGACCGAUGUCUUCCUGUUACACCUGGCGCUGGCUGACCUCCUCCUGCUGCUCACGCUCCCUCUGCAAGCCGUCUACACUCGGGGUUGGAUCUUCCCCUCUUUCCUCUGCAAGGCCAUGCGUGCAUGCUACGCCAUCAACACCUACAGCGGCCUCCUGUUGCUGGCCUGCAUCAGCGUGGACCGCUACAUGGUGGUGGCGUGGGCUCAGGAGAUGCUGCGGCUGCGCACUAAGAUCUUAACGGGAGGGAAAGUGGCUGCUGUAGGUGUGUGGGUUGUUGCCGUGCUCCUCAGCCUGCCUGAGAUCCUUUACUCUGGAGUGUUGGAAUCAGGGAGCGAAGUGUACUGCGGCAUGAUAAAGAGCGGGGACGUGAAAAAGGCGACAAACGGCGCCAUCAUCGCCAUCUUCUGCUUCUCCUUCUGCGUCAUGGUCACAUGCUACUCUUUGAUCGCUCAGGUGCUGUGGGAGGGGCACACUCAGCGGCGGGGGAAACAGUGGCGUCGUCAGCGUACGCUGAAGCUGAUGGUGGCUCUGGUGCUGGUGUUCCUCGUGUUCCAGCUGCCGUACACCGUGGUGCUCACGCAGAAGAUGGCGGUUCAGUUCUGCGGUCUCCUGCUGGAGUACAUCACCUGCACGUUGGCGUACACCCGCUGCUGCCUCAACCCCAUCCUGUACGCCCUGGUUGGCGUUCGCUUCCGUAAAGACGUGGUGAGGCUGCUCCACGACUGGGGCCGUCACUGUGGGCUCCAGAUGGUGCAGCAGACGUUCAGCUCCUGCUCCAUGUCUCCUUCAUCGCCCGCUCUCACGGCUUGUUCGCCAAUUUCCCCCGAACGCAGUUGCUCCAGUAACGACCCGGGGCCUCCAACCAAGUUUCACUUUUCAGGAUACAAAUAACUUUUUUAAUAACAACUAGAAACUUUGAAUUACUCAUUCUUCUGUUUAGUAAACAUCAUGUUGCAAGAAGAUCGCAAGUAGUGUGGACACUGUGUCUCUGACGGCUGGCAUGCUCAGGUUUGGCAGCUCAAACGUUAUUAGUGCCGAUGAAUUUCAGGUUUUAAUCAAUUGAAAAGACAAAGAAGGUUUAGAACCGGAGGAAAACAACAUGUUUGGAAACACAUCAGCUACUUUAAAGGUGACAUAUUAUGCUCUAUUUCAUCAACAUAUAUUGGUCUAAGAGGUCCCCAAAACAUGUCUUUAAAGUUUAUGCUCAUAAA